AUGUCAAGUGGGGAUUCUUUAUCGGAAGAUAUCCAUAAUGAGAUGAGUAACAACAGAAAGGAGUAUGGAAAGAUAAAUAUUCAGACAAAUAAUGCUUCUAGUUAUAAUGGAAAUGUCAACCAAGACAAAAUUAGUAAAGAAGGUCUCAUCAGUAGCGAUAGUGAAAUUGGAAAUCCUUGUGAAUAUAAUGAAGAUAAUGGAAUUAGUAGCGGUGAUGAUAUUGGUAAUUGUGGGGAAUGUUAUAUGGAUAAUGAACAGAGUGAUGUCCCUCAGAUGCAACAGAAAAAUGAAAAAUGCAAAAAAAGUAAGUCAAAUCAUAAAUACAAAGCUGACAAAAAGAAUUUUGAUGAAAACGAAAAUAGAUACAUUGUUCCGUGCAAAAGUGCAAUGAAUGAAUAUAUGAAUUAUGAAACAUCAAUAAUACUAGACGAACAAACAAAUAAUACACAUAGCCUGGGUAACACAAUGACACUUGAUGACGGAGACUAUUUGAAAGAAACAAAUGUUAAUAAGAUAAUCAAUACAGAAAAUGAAACAAAAAAUAAAAAUUAUAAAGUUAAGACUGUCAUGACAGAGAGUAUACAUGAUGCUGAUAAUCCUAAUAACUUACCUAAUGACAAUGGUCUCACCACCAUACAUGUUUCCAAUAAUUAUCAUUAUCCAAAUAUCCAUGAAAAUAUUAUAAAUCAAAAUAUAAGGGAAGAAAAAUCUAGAUUCUCUAACACUGAUGAUGAAAAUGAGGGCGAAGAAUUUUCCGAAAAGAAUAAAGAAAAUAAGGGAAAAGAUAAAAAUAUUUUUGCGUGUAAAAAUUUGGUGGGCACUAAUAAGGAAGUAGUGUAUGAUGAAGACAUGUCAAAGGACAAGAGUAUACUUAGAAGAAGAAGUUCAAUGCCAAGUUUAUGCAGAAGUAAAAGUGAGGAAAUCCUAAGGGUGGUGGAUUCUACAUAUCUGAAAAGCGAAAAAGAAGAUUCAACAGAAAAAUAUUCGGAAGGAAAUGCCAACGUGGAAACUGAAUUUGAAAGAAAACAGCAUAUGCUGAACGAAGAAGAAAAUGAAGAUAACUGUUGUUCAGAAAACAUUGAUAAAAUUUACGAAGAGGAUUUAAGAAGAUGCUUAGAAUUAAAUAACCUUACAAGAAAAAAAGUACAUAUGGAAUUAUUUUUACAUCAUCAAAUUAAUUGUUAUGAUCUGCUACUAGAAAUUAGGAAAAAAAUACCCAUCUGGGGAGAAUAUGAAGCUAAUUUUUAUUUUCAUUGGAAAAAAAUUAUGACAAUAUGUAUUGAAGAAUUAAAAAUAUACAUAUUAAUAUUUCGUUCUUUAAGUAUUGGAACUGUUAAGCAUUUAGAUUUUUUCAUGUUGAAAAUUAUUAUAGAAGAAUUAGAUGAAUUAAGAAAAGUACAUGAACCUAACUAUAAACCUUUUACAUUUACGCAGGAGUGUUUAAAUUAUUCUGAUUAUGCAAAUUCAUAUGAACAAAAUCCAGAUAUAUACGUUAACAUGAAUAAAUGCAUACAACCAUGGUAUGUGAAAAAUUUUAACAAAUCCAUGGAUAUUAAAAAAUUUUUAAAUUCUUUGGAUAUUCUAGAAAAUCAGAAACACAAGUCUUAUAUAAUUCAGGCUAUGGAGAUACCUAACUACAUAUUUGAUUUAUGCGACAUGGAGGAGGGAGCUGAGUCAGGUGCUCCAAAUGGUGCAGGAUCUUCCAAAGAGGAACCUGCAAAAAAUAAAAUGCAUUCAAUAAAUAGAAAUAUUGCAACAAAUGAUGCUCAGAAAAAGGUAAAAAAAACAUGCAAAAAGAAAAAGGAAAAUCAAAAAAUGAAAAGUUUAAACACAUCCAUAAACUCCAAGCCAAAAAAAAGAACAGGGCAUUACGAUCUCGAGAUAGAUGGAGUUGUUGCUUCCUUUGAGGCACGAAAGGGAGUGUAUUAUGACAAGUCAAGAAAACUCUGGAGAGCUAAUUGGAAGGAGAAUGGGAAGAUACAAACUAAGGGAUUUUCAGUGAACGAAUAUAAAUCUGUCCAAUUAGCUAGACAAAAGGCAAUAGAGUGGAGAGAAAAAAAAGAAGCUGAACUCCUGCUUUGA